AAGGAUUGACGAGUCGCGGAUCUGGGUCUGAAACCAGUCGACGUUGACGCGAGUAGAUGAACCGGACACGACAACGAGUUGGGGCUCGUCGUCCCGUCUAAAAUACGAGAAAAAUUUUUCUCUAUUCAAAAGGAUAAAAAAACCGGAACAGGAUCGACAAAUGAACGCAUCUGAUGAAAAAGGGAGCGAGGACGUGAAACCCGUAUCUAAAUGGAGACGGGCUUUGCCCCAGGUGAUCGCGAGCACGAUCAAGAACCUCCUCCUCCUCGACCUGGGCAUGACGAUCGCGUUUCCGACCAUCGCCAUUCCCGUCCUCACCGACGGCUCGGACCCGGAAGGCAUACGUUUCACGGUAACCGACGCGUCGUGGUUCGGCAGCGUGAUAUACAUAUGCCAGCCUAUAGGCAGCGUCCUCUCGGGGUCCGUUCUCGACUACCUCGGACGGAAGUACAGCCUGAUGGCCGUCAACGUGCCUCAUCUCGUCGGAUGGCUCUUGUACUACACGGCGAAAUCGAAAUUGCAGAUGUUCCUCACUGCCAUCAUCAUGGGUUUGGGUGUAGGCUUCAUGGAGGCUCCUAUCAUAACGUACGUCGGUGAGAUCUGCGAGCCUAAGUUGAGAGGCACUUUGACUGCUUACGCGAGCCUCUUCGCCACAUUCGGCAUCACUCUCAUGUACGGCCUGGGGACAGUGGUCGACUGGAGGACCGCUGCACUGAUCGCGACCGGUCUCCCGAUCUUCACCAUCCUCGCCUUGACCCAGGUGCCCGAGACGCCCCUCUGGCUGCUGGCAAGGGGUCGCGAAGAGGAUGCCGAGAAGGCUCUUCAAUGGCUCCGCGGUUGGGUCGAACCGGGUGCUGUCAGGCCCGAGCUCGCCGAUUUAAAACGCUACGCUUCCUCGGCCACCCUGGCCUACGACAACCCGGCCUGCGACGAACCACCCCAAGUCGGCGAAGAACCCAAUCCGAAGUUCCAGCACGGGUCUUGGCUGUCAAACAUCAAAGACGUCGCGAGGCCGGCCGUCUUCAAGCCGCUCUUCCUCAUCAUAGGGCUUUUCUUCUUCUCCAACUUUACCGGGGUCACAUCGACCCGGCCUUACAUGAUACUCAUCAUCAAGGAGUUACAGUUUCCGAUCGAAGCGUUCCGCGGGACGGUGAUUUUUGGUGCGACAGGCUUCGCAGGUAGCGUUUUCUGCAUGGUGACGAUAGCAUGGUUUAAAAAGAGGCCGAUCGCUUUCUUCGGCAUGGCUUCUUCUGCUUUGCUUGCGUUCGCACUCGCGGCCGUCCCUCCUGGUGGUUGGGUCCCAGUCGCACUAUACACAGCUCUGCAGUUCUGCACAAGUUACGGCGCCACUGGGUUGGUCUGGACACUGGUCAGCGAGGUCUUCCCUCUAAGGGGAAGAGGCACGGCGAGCGGCUUAGCAGGCGCGUCCUCCUACAUUGUCAUGUUCGCAGCAACCAAGUCAUUCCAAAGCCUCAAAGACCUUAUGGGUCCCCAGGGGGUCUUCUACUUCUUCGGAUCGUGCUCUUUCAUCGGCUUCCUCUUUAUAUAUUUCCUGAUGCCAGAGACCGAAGGCAUCUCCCUCGAACAGAUCGAAAAGAACUACGAGAAGUCCAUGUUAUACAGGAAAACGCAAAAAACUGAAAACACUGAAAACACAGCCGUCUGAAGCCCACAAUCACGUCCCACCUUGCAGUAUUAUUGUAUAAAUCUAAAUUAAAAAGUAUUUUCUAAUAAACUUUU